AGCAUUAACCAGUAAAACGGUGGACGAGGUGGUGCGGACGCAAUGCAAGCCCGGAUUACAGCGUGUGUUGUGCACCGAACAAUAGAGGCACACCGGGCACUGGAGCUGCUGGAGGACUACCAUUCCCGUCUGUCGACGCCGCAGGACCGGGCCCUGCGCAGCGCGAUCGAGCGCGUUAUCCGGAUAUUCAAAUCGCGCCUAUUCCAGGCGCUGCUCGAUAUACAAGAGUUCUACGAGCUGACGCUGCUGGACGAAUCGAAAACGGUGCAGCAGAAAACCGCAGAGACGCUGCUGAUUGCCAGCAAGUGGGAGCAGGACAAUGCCAUCAAAGCGAACGAAGCCAACCGCAUCAAGCAACAGGAACAGGAGCAGCAGCAACAGCUGCAGCAGCAGCAGCAGUCACCGCCACAGCUUCAACUCCAGCAGGAGAUCGAGAAGCAGCCGAUCAUUGAGCUACCGUCGCCCCGGCUGACGACAACCAAAGUUCCCACAUCGAAUGCAAAUGACACCAAACAGCUGAAUGGCGAUUCACCGUGGGAGUACGACGAGAUCACGCUGAUCCGUGGCUCGACCGGGCUCGGCUUCUCGAUCGCGGGCGGCACCGACAACCCGCACAUCAAUCUCGAUGCGUCGAUCUACAUCACCAAGGUGAUACCGGGCGGUGCGGCCCACGUCGACGGCCGGCUGCAGGUGAACGACUGCAUCGUGGCGGUGAACGAGGUGCGCGUGGUGAACGUUACGCACGGCGAAGCGGUCGAUGCGCUCAAGCAGGCGGGCGAUCGUGUAACGCUGCACAUCCGGCGCAAGCGGCCACCGGCCCAGGCCCCGAAGCUGGAGGAGAUCGAGCUGCUGAAGGGCAGCAAGGGGCUCGGCUUCUCGAUUGCGGGCGGCAUCGGCAACCAGCACAUCCCGGGCGACAACGGCAUUUACGUGACGAAGAUCAUGGAGGGCGGGGCGGCCCACAUCGACGGGCGGCUCGCGGUCGGCGACAAGCUGAUCGCGGUCCGGACGCCCGACGGCGGAGAGCGCAAUCUCGAGAACGUGGUGCACGAGGAGGCGGUCGCGACGCUCAAGGCGAUCACCAACCGGGCGACGCUGAUCGUGCAGAAGACGAACAUACUGCAGGCGCUCGCCAACUCGAUCAGCAACCUGAACUCGCUCUCGACGAACGCGAUGAACAGUGUCGGCGUCAGCAUGGUCGACCAUGCGUCGCCGGAUGCUGGCGGUGGCGGCGGCGGCGGCGGCGGUGGUGAGGCCGGCGGAGGCGAUACCGAGAUGGUGGCGUCGACGGCCCGCUCCCAUUCGCCGGCGUUCGGGCUGGAGAACAGCUCGUCCCGGUACGCGUCGUCGAACGUGCUGGAGACGGGCAUGCCGAUCGGGACGCCGCGCGCCGUCAGCAGCGAGGACAUUACGCGGGUGCCGCGCACGAUCGUCAUUCGCAAGGGAGCGUCCGGGCUUGGUUUCAACAUCGUCGGCGGCGAGGAUGGACAGGGAAUCUUUGUGUCGUACGUGCUGGCCGGCGGUGCGGCCGAUCUCGGCGGCGAGCUAAAGCGCGGCGACCAGCUGCUGUCCGUCAAUGGCAUUAGCCUGGCGAAUGCGUCGCACGAGGAUGCCGCCCAGGCACUGAAGAACGCCGGCGGCACGGUCACGUUGGUUGUGCAGUACCGGCCGGAAGACUACAACCGGUUCGAGCAGCGCAUCCAGGAGCUGAAGCAGGCGGUCGCAGCCGGUACCGGCACGCUGCUGCGCACCACCCAGAAGCGCACGCUCUACGUCCGCGCCCUGUUCGACUACGACCCGAACCGGGACGACGGGCUGCCGACGCGCGGCCUCCAGUUCCGGCACGGCGACAUACUGCACGUGACGAACGCGUCCGACGACGAAUGGUGGCAGGCGCGGCGCGUGAUCGGCGAGGACGAGGAGGAAAGCAUCGGCAUCGUGCCGUCGAAGCGGCGCUGGGAGCGCAAGCAGCGGGCCCGCGACCGCAGCGUCAAGUUCCAGGGGCAUGCCGGCGCGAACAACAACAACAACAACCUGGAAAAGGUAUCGCCAGCGGGCGGGGAGGAGGUGUCGACGCUGGAUCGCAAAAAGAAAAACUUCUCCUUCUCCCGCCGGUUCCCGUUCAUGAAGAGCAAAGACGACAAGAACGAGGACGGAUCGACCAGGAGCGUAACCAACGGCAACCUGAGCGAUCCCAAUCACCAUGAUACCGAGCAGCGUGGUGGUGAAAUAAUCUACCGCGUGGAAUUACCUGACAUGGAGCAGAUAACUCUUAUCUACCUGGAGAAUAACUAUGCUGACUCGGAGGAAAAUAUCCUGUCGUACGAGCCGUUGCAGCGCCUGCAGAUCAGCUACACCCGCCCGGUCAUCAUACUGGGCCCGUUGAAGGACCGCAUCAACGACGACCUGAUCUCGGAGUAUCCGAAUAAGUUCGGCUCGUGUGUGCCGCAUACAACGCGCCCGAAGCGCGACUACGAGGUGGACGGGCGGGACUACCAUUUCAUCGCGUCCCGCGAGCAGAUGGAGAAGGACAUCCAGAACCAUCUGUUCAUCGAGGCGGGCCAGUACAACGACAACCUGUACGGCACGUCGGUCGCGUCGGUGCGCGAGGUCGCCGAGAAGGGCAAGCACUGCAUCCUGGACGUGUCGGGCAACGCGAUCAAGCGGCUGCAGGUCGCCCAGCUCUACCCGAUCGCCAUCUUCAUCAAGCCGCUGUCGGUCGAGUCGAUCAUGGAGAUGAACCGGCGCAUGACGGAGGAGCAGGCGAAGAAAACCUACGAGCGGACGCUUAAGAUGGAGCACGAGUUUGGCGAAUACUUUACCGCCAUUGUGCAAGGCGACACGAUCGAGGAGAUCUACAGCAAGGUGAAGAACGUCAUCUGGUCGCAGGGCGGCCCGACGAUCUGGGUGCCGUCGAAGGAAUCUCUAUGACCGCAGGCAAGCAUCACCUGGACGCUGCCACCAAAUAUGCGCGCCCGUCCCGUGUCCCGCACCUCCUCCUCGUCGGCCACCGCCGGGCCCCAUUGACCGCGUUCCGGGCGACCACAAGGACCUCCCGACCCCAGCAGCAGCAGAGCGGAGGGAGCGAGUGCGCGGGUUGCGUUGUGAGCAUGGGAGUGGAUGCGCUUAACAAACACACAGAACUACCUAUCCCCCCCAUCUCCCCUCCCCAAAUAUGACGCUCCCUGCCCCCCCCCCCACCCCGGGAAAAUGCGAAGAGAAGCGAGUCGAGGGAAGGGGAGGGCAGAAAGUAGAAAAAAAAAUUACACCCCCCUCCCCUCACACACAUCUACACCCAAACACACAUUGAGAGCGAGACAGAGAGAGAGAGAGAGAGAGAGAGAGAGAGAGAGAGAGGGAGAAAGCGCGGGGGAGAGCAGCAUCACGUAGAAAAGCAAGAAAAAAAGCAAAAAAAAAAACCGGGCAACUAUUACAUAAAAAGAAAAAAUCGACACACACACACAAUUGUUACUAAAAAAUAGAUGUGAAGAGCGAGCAGAGCGAAAGAGAGAGUAAGCGGCAGAGAGAGAGAGAGAGAGAGAGAGAGAGAGGGGAAGCCGUUUUUUAUGUUUUCUUCAUACUUUCGUAAAACGUAUCGAAGGAAGCGUUUUGUCAUUUAGCACCCAUUAAAAUUAAAUUGUAUUGUAGCGAGAGAGAGAAAGUGAGAGAGCAAGAGAGAGGCAGAAAGAGGAGAGAGAAAGCGCAAGUAGGAAGGAAGAAGGUAGGCGAACGGAGGGCGACCGGCGUCUCAAUCAAACCACACUGAAGUUUGUGUGAAAGAAAGAGAGCAACAGAGAGAUAGAGAGAGAUAGAUAAAGAGAGAGAGAGAUGGUUAAAGGGGUGCAAACUGUUGUUAUUUAGUGAAGGUUUUUCGGAUGACGAAUCGAGAGGGGGGGGGGGGGGGGGUGGAGGGGAGGAGGCAGUAGCUAGCAAAAAUCUUAACUACACAGUCAGAAAGAAAGAGAGAGAGAGAGAGAGAGAGAGUUGGGUCAGCGAGUCAAAGAAACAAAAAAAAAAAAGGUGCUGAGGAAUGGGAUAAAAAAGAAAACACAAAACUUCAACAAAAAAAUGCAAAACGGCAAAAGCGCAGCUAUAGCGGCCGGACAUGGGCAGCCUCGGAAACCCCUCCACACACACACACACACAUACACACGCAGAGUAAUAAACUUGAACGUAUUUAUAUCGAA